CGGUGUUGCCUUGGCUCUCAAGGCUUGUCAAGGAGAGCUGAAACUUGGGUGCCAACUCCAUGGUUUUGCAGUGUCCAGUGGGUUGUGUUUGAGAAUUUGAGUUGCCCUGACAUUGUUUCUUGGAACACUGUGCUUUCAGGUUUCGAGGAGAACAUGGAUGCUUUGACUUUUGCUUGUUCUAUGCAUUCAAAUGGGAUCGUGUUUGAUCCUGUGACAUACACCACUGCUCUUGCCUUUUGUUGGGGUGAUCAUGGGUUUUGUUUUGGGAGCCAAUUGCAUUCUCUUGUUGCAAAAUUUGGAUUUAAUUGUGAAGUUUUCGUAGGGAAUGCUCUGAUAACCAUGUAUUCAAGGUCAGGGAGUUUAGCUGAGGCUAGGAGGGUGUUUGAUGAGAUGCCCCGGAAGGAUUUGGUUUCAUGGAGUGCAAUGCUUUCGGGUUAUGCUCAAGAGGGGGAAUGUUAUGGGCUGGAAGCAGUUUCACUGUUUGUUAGCAUGGUUAGGCAAGGGAUGUCCCUUGACCAUGUCUCGUUUACAGGUGCAGUUUCAGCUUGUGGUUAUAUGAAAAACUUAGAGCUAGGGAGGCAGAUACAUGGUUUGACACUUAAAGUGGGGUAUGGAACACAUGUUUCGGUUUGCAAUGUGUUGAUCUCGACUUAUUUGAAGUGUGAGGUCGGCAGAGAUGCAAAACUAGUUUUUCAGCUGAUGAAUAAUCGCAAUGUAGUCUCUUGGACGACAAUGAUUUCAAUUGAAGAAGAAGAUGCAGUGUCUCUUUUCAAUGAGAUGAGAAAAGAUGGUGUAUAUCCAAAUGAUAUUACAUUUAUAGGACUAUUGCAUUCUAUUACACUCAAUAAUCUGGUGGUGGAAGGUGAAAUGAUUCAUGGAUUAUGCAUCAAAAGCAGCUUCUUGUCGGAACCAAAUGUCUCCAAUAGCCUUAUUACCAUGUAUUCCAAGUUUGAAUCUGUUCAAGAAUCGAAGAAAAUUUUUGAGGAGAUUAACCAUAGAGAGAUAAUAGCAUGGAAUUCAUUAAUUUCAGGGUAUGCUCAGAAUAGCUCUGAGGAUAUUUGUAACAUGGCAGAGUUUAUUGGAUUGCAAAUGAAAGUUUUGAAAGGGAGCAAAGCAAGGGAAGGAGACUGGCAUCAGGAAUAG